GCUAUCAAGUGAAUAUAAAUAAAAAUGUCCUCAGAGGACCACCUCAAUGGAGAUCAUCAGCAACCUCAGCAGUCAGAGCAGCCAGAAGAUGCUGUAGAUAUACAAGAUAUCUACGAAUCAAAGGAGAAUAUACAACCAUUAGCUAAGGGUAGAUCCGCAUCCACUCUCUCUUCUAUCUUCAGAUCAGAUCGUCAAUCUAGAAAGCGUGAAUUGGAAGAGCAGCAUCAGAAAUUUGAAGAACAGAUACAACAAGCUACAGAAGAGGAUGAUGAUCCGUUUAGGGUCUACUCUGAUUACAUCAAAUGGGCCAUAGAAGCCUACCCAUCUGGAGAAUCGCAUGAAUCAAAUAUCGUACCCCUUUUAGAGCGUACUACACGUACAUUCAAAGACGAUGAGAGGUAUGGACGUGAUGUCCGUUAUCUCAGAUGCUGGAUUCUUUACUCAAAAUACGUACACGAAUCGAGAGAUAUAUUCAGAUUCCUCCUCGCUAACGAUAUUGGCACAAUAUGGGGUUUGCUUUAUGAGGAAGCUGCUACAGCAGAAGAAGUUAGAGGGCAUCACCAGAAAGCCAAAGAAAUUUACGAGUUGGGAAUAAACAGAAAAGCACAACCAACUGAGAGACUUAAAAAGCGUUACGAGGAUUUCAAAGUGAGGUUGGCGAAUGCACCACCAUCAACUGGUCAGAGUUCCUUGCCUAAAAAGGGCAUUCUUGGUAGCAGCUCUGUUGCAGGUCCUACUGCUAGUACCUCAGCAUCAGGUUCGUCCUCAGCUGCACCCCGCAUGGCCAUUUUCAGUGAGGAUGAUAGCGAGAAUGCCUCAGGUGGCGCAUGGGAACGUUUCGGUAGCCGUGACGACAGAAGAAAAGAAAAUGUAGUCGAAAAGACCUCAAUGAAAGGUGAAACUAUUCAACAAGGUAAACCUAUAACACCAAAAGCAGAGAAAGUUCCAAUAUUUUCUGACUUCAACGACGAUGACGAAGCUACCAACGAUGGACCUAAAGAGGCCGAUCUGGGAAGCUCAGAAGUUUCAGAAGCUGAACAACUUCGACUAAAUCCUUUUAAAAACUUCGAACAGCCGCCUAAAUUAGACAUGGACGUAGUUAGCGAGAAGAAAAAGAGUAGUAGCAAUGGUACAUCCAGCAGCAGUAGUAGUAAGAAGAAGGAAAAAAGCAAAGCUACAGAUAGCGUCAACAAAGGCGAACCUAGAGUAGCGGUAGACUUGCAUAGAGUCUACUGUGAUGAUACCGAAUAUUGUUUUUUAGAAUUAAAAGCCAAGCAAAUGGGAUUGUUUGGAAAAAGGUGGCCAGAGCCAUCAUCGGAUGAUUGGGAUUGGAUGCCGAAAGACGAACCAAGCAUUGACGAAAAGCCACGUAAACGAGCACCAUCGCCAACUGUUAACACGAAAGCCGCACUUGACGACGUAAUGGAGCUUUUCAACCAACCAUUAGCAUGUGAUAGACCGAAUACGUCUUUAAGCGAUAGUGACAGUUCUGUAGACGCACCUCAACCACUUGUUAUGCCGACGCCGAAUAAGCCAGCGCCAAUGAUGAUGUUCACGGAUGAGCACACAGCUAGAGUCCCGCCAGCUGUAGCUGAAGAUGAAGAAGAUGCAAAGAGUCCACCAGGGCCACCUCCUGCCGUCUUCAAAGAUGAAAACGCAGCCGCGGUGAGCACACCCGCUGUCAAGUCAUCUUCAGGUGCGAUGAGGAUGCCAUUCGGUUUGAAAGCACCCCAAGAAGCUGAGGAAAUGAAGGAAACUGAAGAACCUCCAGCGGAAACUGUUCAGGAGGAGGGAAUUCAAGAAGAAUAUUACGAUGAUUUGAAUAAGCAACCUCGUUUUCCACCAAUCAACCUAAUGACACCUAUCACUGAACGCACUUGUGAAUUCACAACAAGGGUUGACACAGUCGAGAAAUCCCGAGCUGUUUUCCCAGCUGCCCAAUUCCAGGCUACAAUAAAGGAGGAGAAUGAAGAGAAUAGCAUGACCAGCAAUAAUAACCUCCAGAAUAGUAUGAUCAGUAAUUCAAAUAUGAAUAACAGCAUUCUCGGAAACCAACAGCCAUUGUCUUCUACAAUGGAACCACCACAGAUGCCGACAUUUGAACUAGGCGACGAGUUCACACAGCAUGACAUCACAUCACAUACUGGUAAAUUCGAGUUACCGGAAGGUUUUACAAUCCAUCCUGGUGGACUCCAGCAGAUGGGUGAAGACGUUGAGGUUGUAGACACUAUGAAGUUCAACUUGAGUAGCAACAAUAUACCACAGCCAGUCGCACAGCUACAAAUGCAAGCUCAGUUGUCCGCACCACCUUCACCUGCUGCUCCGGUCUCACCUGGUUCAGGCAAGAUAGACGCACCAAAUCCUUGCGUAGCCAAUACACGGACAAUCGUCGACUCAAUUAUCAAAAGAUCGAAUUUGAAUGUCUCCAACCUGAGUACAUUCCACACUGCGCAGAACAGUCUACAGGAGUUGUCGAAAGUCGAAAAAGGCGUAAAGAAACGUACUGCCAGUAGUCGGAAUAGAACGAUGGAAGAGGAGAGCUACGCGUUGAAAUUGCCUAAAUAUGACGGCCUUGAUGAUGUUUACGAUGUUAGGGCUAAAAUUGGACAAGGUGGAUUCGGUAGUGUUUUCGUAGCAUCAGAGAGGAGCAACCAGAAGAGUGUUGAACUCGAUUUGGAGAAUUUCGAUAACAGCUUCACAAGUCAGUUCGCAUCCAAUGAGGAUGUACCAGUAGCGCUCAAAAUCGAGAAACCUGCCCGUAUUUGGGAGUUCUACAUUUUGAACGCCCUUCAUCAGCGCCUUGAAGAGCGACAAAGACGUUCUAUAGUACGCCCACGUGGUUUGUACGCUUACAACGACGAGAGUGUACUCUGUAUGGAUUACGCUGACCAGGGUACCCUUCUCGAUGUCGUCAAUCACGCUCCAGAGUGGUUCUCAAGCUCUUCCACCGGUCUUGAUGAGGUUUUGGUAGUCUUCUUCGCCAUCGAGCUCAUCAGGACUGUCAAUAGUAUUCACAAGAGCGGUAUAAUUCAUGGUGAUCUCAAAAUCGACAACUGCCUCAUAAGGCUCGAAGACGCUGGCGAACUCUGGUCGAAUGUCUAUCAAAGAUCAGGCGAAGGAGGAUGGGCAAUGAAGGGUCUCAAACUUAUCGACUUUGGCAGAUCGAUUGAUGUCGAUGCAUUUAAAAACCCAGUGGGACGUAAGUUUCUCAAUGAUUGGCCAGCCGAUGAAAAAGAUUGCUGGCAAAUAAAGAAGAAGGUACCUUGGAAUUUCGAGCCUGACUAUUUCGGUGUUGCCGCAAUCAUACAUUGUAUGCUUUUCGGAAAGUACAUCGAAACUAUAGAAAGUGGUGGUAGAAUUAAGUUGAGGAACAACCUCAAGAGAUAUUGGCAACAUGAGAUAUGGUCAAACGUAUUCGAUUUCCUCCUCAAUCCAGUCAUGCAUAAAGAGACACUUCCCGCUCUCUCAAAACUCGAGAAUCUCCAAACUAAGCUAGAGGACUGGCUCGAAGCGAACUGUCACACAAAAGGGCGUAACCUUAGGUUCACGGUCAAGAUGAUGGAAAGACGGUGUAGAGAGUUAGCUGCAUCUAGAAGAUUGUAAUAUAUAUAUAUAUUUCAUGUUUAUAUAUUUCUUUUCUACAAACUAUUUAAAUUUACACAUGAAAUCAUCAUAAAUGUACCUAUUAUAAGGUGUAUUUAUACCUCUCAAAUCAGCUUCUCUGAGUAUAUGUCCGUUUAUGUACUCGAUUUCAGUUUCUGACGCGCGCUUGCCUCUUUGGUAUAUAUCCCUGUGUGUACUGUUGUAGUUGUCCUUUGUCGAUUGUAAGACAUUCAACACAUAAUCGCGGGUACUCUUUUCAUCAAGGCAGAGAACAGUGCUCGCUUCAUUGAUCACACCUUCGACUAGGUCUUUAUUGAGUUGAUAUACAUCGCCGUUUUUGCAAUUAUGAAUCGAUCCUAGGGCAUUAAUAGAGCAAUUUGCUACUAGUUUUAGAUGUGCUGUAUUUAGGAAGUCUUUAUUAUCGACCAUCUUGACAUCUAUACCGUCCAAAGAUGCUAGCGUGUGUAACAAUCCCUCAGAGUUCUUCGUGAGAGCUUGCGAAGGUGUAUAAGUGGUGACAUUGAAUGUGCCACCAUUUGAUGACUCGAUGAGUUUACCAUUUACUAACGUUGCCGCGAUGUUCGUGUUAGAUAUGAGGAGCUGCUGGUUGAAUGUCUUCAAUUUGCUAUGGUUGAGAUAUCCCAAGCCGUUUUGGAGAAAGAGAACACUAGAGUCCUCAUUGAGCUUAUCGCGGACGCUUUCGAGUGCUGGCAGAGCGUCUGAUGCCUUGGUGGCAAUAAUGAGUUGUUGAAUGGGUGGUAUACUCUCUGCGGUGUGUACUUCAAAUCCUUUAAUAGUGUGUUCGAGUCCGUUGUAUUCCUUGUAGUUUAUCUCAGCAUUCCUGCUAAGACGACUGAUAACAUUCAAACGGCAUGAAUUUAAGCGUAAUUUACAUGAUAAGAGGCUGCCAAUAGAGCCUAACCCUAAUACAGUGAUCAUAUUAGCUUUAUUAGGAUUGUAGUGCGUUGAGGAUAUUGCUCGGUCGGGACAGAGUGCGCCGUCACCUUCGAUUUGAAGUUAAGUCCAUCUAAAACGCUUUCGACGAUGCCGGAGGUAAAGGAUUCGGUCGAGAGGUUCUUCAGAUCUUUUGGUAUGCUUAUCGAGCGGGAUAGGAUUGGUGUGUUGUCUGAUAUCAUGUAUUCGUUUGCAUUCUCCUUAGAUUUCUCGAGGCUGUCAGCCGUUUUCCCAAACAAAGACCGCCAAAUGUGGGUAUGUAUGAACUGGAGGACCUCUAUCAGGCUGGUAUGCUGCCUUGGAUUCUUCGCGGUGCCCUCCUGCCUAAACUUGUACAACUCGAGCUCGCGCUGGCCUACUCUGUAUCCCAGCCAGUUGAGUUUACUCUCGAGCUCUGCUAUUCCGUCGACACGUUUGAGAUUGUAGUUUAUGAUUUCGGAGAAAAGAAAUGCCCAGCUGCCGAGAGCGACUUGCUGGGAUUUUAGUUGAUCGACUUGCAAUUCCAUCAAAGUAUGCUGUAAUCACUCA